AUGUACGGAGACAGAAAGUAUCAUCAGAGAGAGCUUAGGUCAGGUUUGUUGACAAGUGAGAGAGCCAAGACUCUUGUUGUAAGCACGAUCAAUGUGAUACAAGAGGCGGUAGCAAAUGUCAACCUAGGCAAGUCUCCACCGCCAGCAGGGAUUGGGUGUGCUCUUCACCAAAAACUCCAUGACGAUCUCCCGCUGACGAUGGCCCUGGCAACAUCGUUCACAAGCAAGUUUUUUUACGAUGCGAAGCUGAAAUUGAACUUGAGAAUCGAUGCGCCGUUGUGCGGCACGGCCAUGCGAGUGAAAUUUCCCACUGGUCUGGCUAUAGCCAUGACCGGCUAG